AUGUCGGACAUGUUGCCCCCCAAGCCUGACGAGGACGCCGCGCCCGGGCCCAAGGCCGCGACACCGGCAGGACAGACGCCGCCCGCUGCCGCCGCCGCCGCCCCAUCGGCCGGCACCCGGGAAACCCCUGAUGAAUUCGACCGCCGCUCGCCCGUCAGCUUCACGCAGCUCCUCAGUCCCGUGGCCGGUGCUUUCGAGACCGAUCAGCCCGUCCCGCUCCAGGUCGAUACCGAGGCCUACGACGACGCCGACGCCGACUCCGCCUACGGAUCCGACGCCGGCUCGGCCUACACGGGCUCCGUCACGUCGUCCAUCUUUGAUUACCAGUAUGAAAACGGACGCCGGUACCACGCCUACCGCGAGGGCCAGUAUGUGUUGCCCAACGACGCCCAGGAACAGGAGCGCCUCGAUCUGCAGCACCACAUCUGGCGCCUGCUGCUGGGCGGCCGCCUGUACACGGCGUCGCUGCCGGCGCCCUCGACCACCCCGUGCCUGCGCGUCCUCGACCUCGGCACGGGGACCGGCAUCUGGGCCAUCGACAUGGCCGACGAGUUCCCCUCGGCGUCGGUCGCCGGCAUCGACCUCUCGCCCAUCCAGCCCGACUGGGUCCCCAACAACUGCCGCUUCCACGUUGACGACUACGAGGACGAAUGGACCUACCGCGACGACGAGCGCUUCGACUACGUCCACGGCCGUGCCCUCAGCGGCACCUCGUCCGACUGGCCCCGCUUCUACGGCCGCGUCAUGCACCAUCUCCGCCCGGGCGGCUGGGUCGAGAUGCAGGAGUACGACGCCUGGAUCUUCAGCGACGACGACAGCUUUGACCGGGCACCCUGGACCAAGGAAUGGGUCAGCAAGCUGAGCGCCGCCAGCAGCAUGUACGGGAAGCCCAUCAACGUGGCCAGAUUUCACAAACAAUGGAUGAUGGACGCCGGCUUUGAGCAUGUCCAAGAAGUGGUGCACAGGAUACCUAUAGGGCCGUGGGCCAAGGACCGCGCGCUCAAGGAGCUUGGCCGGUUCGAGCUGAUUCACAUGCAAAUGUCGGUCGACUCGCACACGCCCGCCCUCUUCACCCGCGUGCUCAACUACUCGUCCGACCAGACCCGAGUGUUGAUAGAAGGAGUCAAGCGCGAGUUCCGGAACCGCGACCUGCGGCUCAUCACAAGCUACCGCUUCAUCACGGGCCGGAAACCAGAGGCCACCUCAUAG